AUGGAACGGAAUACAUCGAUGCUGUUCCUGUUGACGACAAUAUGGCUGUCUCUGUGUCGGGCACAAUCGCUUUUGCAGGGCAGCAACGGCAGCGCAGUGCCGAUAUGGGCUCUCGCGGACAGGAUCCAGGGCGGCUCCUCGAACAUCUGCAAUAAGACGUUCGCCGAUGCCAAUGCCACCGGCAUGUUCAAUAUCAAUCCCAACGUCGCGCAAGGACCACAGUCGGGACAGCCAGACAAUCAUUCGGGAAAGACGCAGGAUGCUUUGGUGGCGGUCACGAUCGACAACUCUGGAUUCUCCAACACCUCCAAUUCUUCCUCUUCGUACAGCUUGUGGUACAACACGAAUGGCGCAAAUUACUCGAGUGUGAGUCAACUCGAAGAACAGGCAGCCUGUUCCUCUGAGCAGGUGCUGACGAUGAAUAUCCCUUUAGGACUUUGCGCUGGGCUACGACGUGUGCGUGGUAGCUGGACUGAUCUUGAAUUACAACACACAGUUACGAGGGCAGAACGAUGAUGGCACUUGCUCGUCCGCUCUUGACACGCCCUGCAUAAACGCUCUCAACUCUCGCGCAGAGCAAUACGCAACUUGGCUGAGCACGCCGUCGCCGGGGCCAAAUAGCAAUCUGACGAACACAAGCCUGCCCAGCCUGUGCCGAACGCUAGCCACACAAGUUGCGUCGAACAUACCUGAUGAAUGCUCGUAUUUCAUUCAGCGCGACUCCAUCGGCAUAGGCUGGCCAUUGACAUCCUACGGCAGCGCGUACGAAACAGCCCUCUUUCCCAGCUGCACGCUCAAUGGGACGUGGCAGAACACCGUCGGCUUCUUUGCCAACGCUUCGCAGGCCGUGUACACGGCAUGGGUACAAUCCGUCACGCCGGUCAUUGGGAUCUGGAUGCCAGUGAUUGGCAAUGGAGCCAACGUCGGAUCAACAAUCAGUAUCGGCUCUGUCGUUUCGCAGCUUUUGUGCGGACAUGUCAAUACCAUCAAGCGAGACAGCUUCACACCGGCUGCUGCACCUUCGCCAACCGCAGUCAAGUACAACUCGACAUCGAACGCGAACAACGGCGCGGCCGCCGGAUCGAGUAGCAGCCAAGGCGAUGGCGGCUUGUCGGGCGGAGCAAUAGCUGGGGUUGUCGUGGGCGUCGUGUUGGGCGUGUUGCUGUUGGCAGGACUCAUUCUUGGGCUAUUAUGGCGCAAGAGAAACCAGCAGAAGAAGAGCAAGGGACCGGAGCAGGAAUUCGCAGAGGUCGAUGGCACUGACAAGCGCUUCGAGCUGACGCCCGAGGGCGGCAUCAAACAGCUGCCGGCAAAUGAGCGGGAGGGCGGCAAACCGGGAGCACCGAUGGGAGAGCUUGCGGGAGCAAAUCCGCCGGAGCUGGAGGGCGAAAAGGCCCAAGUACGCGGAGAGUUGGAGGGCGAUCACAGACAGCCUCCGGUCGAGUUGCCGGGGUCUUCGCCUGACGAGAAGCGAUAG